AUGGAGUCAGACGAGGAUAGGCACCUGAUUGCCAUGCGGCAUGCCUUGUCACUCGCAGAAAAGUCACCACCAAAACCAUCCAACUUUCGAGUGGGAGCCAUCAUCGUUGACAUCGCUACAAAUGAUAUUGUCGCAGAGGGAUAUACACUAGAAUGCCCUGGGAAUACACACGCAGAGCAAUGCUGCUUCACCAAGCUUGCCGAGAAACACAAGACGUCGGAGGCCAACCUGGCGUCUGCUAUCACUCAGCCCCAUGCACUCUACACCACCAUGGAGCCGUGCUUCAAACGCCUCAGCGGCAAUCUACCUUGCGUAGAACGCAUUUUGCAGCAAAGUUCUUGGAUUACGGAAGUAUAUGUGGGAGUCCUCGAACCAGAGACCUUUGUUGGGCCCAAUCCCGGACGGAAGAUGCUGGAAGACCACAAUGUCAAAGUCACAUUAGUACCCGGGCUUCAAGACAGAAUAUUACAAGUCGCAACUGCCGGACACAACCCUUCUCGAAAAAGCGGAACGGAAAUACGGAUCUAA